GAUGCAGACGGCUUAUCAGCAAGCAUUGGCAAUCGGAAAUCGGCCUCGUUUCGUAACAUUGACUUCAACAGCACUAUCAUCAUGGCCACUCUCUGGCCGGAGUGUUGUUGAUGUCUACAAAACUAACGCUAGUUUGUAGAGUGAGUUCCGCUAGAGCACAGCAAAUUUAUUUCCGCAGCGCAGUGUACAGAAAUGAGUAAAUUAUUAAAAUUAGGGUUUCUUGGUGGAGGAAAGAUGGCUCAAGCUAUGGCUAAUGGUUUUAUUUCUGCUGGAUUGACACGAGGCGAAAGCAUGACGGCUAGUUUCCAUCCCUCUGACCACGCCAACAUUGAGGCGUUCAAAGCGUUUGGAGCCAAGACAUACGUCGAGAACCUGCCGGUGGUGAGCGGUUCCGAGAUCAUCUUCAUCUCCGUCAAACCCACAGUCGUCUCGAGCGUGCUGGAAGCCGUCCGUCCCGCUAGCGCUGGUAAACUAUUCAUAUCGAUCGCGAUGGGCGUUACUUUGCGGGAGCUAGAAAAUUCGCUGGAGUCUAAGGCGCGCGUGAUCCGCGUGAUGCCAAACACGCCUGCUCUGGUACGAGCCGGUGCUUCCGUGUACGUUCGCGGAUCGGCCGCCACAGAUGACGAUUGCAAGGUAACGCAGGCCCUUUUCCAGGCCGUGGGAACCUGCGAGGAGGUGUCGGAAGCUAUGAUGGAUCCCAUCACGGCACUAUCGGGCAGCGGACCAGCGUACGUGUUUGUAAUGAUUGAGGCAUUAGCUGACGGUGCGGUACGCAUGGGAUUGCCGAGAGAUUUGGCCUACCGGUUGGCAUCACAGACGGUGCUCGGAUCUGGCAAGCUGGUGCGCGAGACUGGACGCCACCCGGGACAGCUGAAGGACGACGUAACGAGUCCGGCCGGCUCGACGGCUGCCGGUCUAUCCCAUCUGGAGCAGAACGCCUUCCGACACGCUGUCAGCGGAGCCGUAGAAUCGGCCACAGUUCGAUGCCGUCAAAUUUCUAGCAAGUGACACCAACGGCAUCAAUCAUCACCGUUUGCAUCCUUUGCUCUCGAUGAGUCUCCACGGGAGCAGAACGAAAAGUGAUCCUUUAAAUACUUACCUAGUAGUUAUGUUUCUGUACAUUAAAAACAAUCGCGUCGAAAUAGCUCA